AUGCAGGAGUCUCCUUCCAACUCGUCCCACGAGGACGUUUACAAGUCCGAGAAGAAUGACCUCAAGAUCGUCCAUGCCGGCGAGGUCAACAUCAACCAGGUCCAGGGCUUUGAUGCUCCCGCGCCGUCAAAGAUGACUCGCCGCGCACAGGUCCUCGCCCUCGCCAUCUGCACUGGUGGUUUCCUCUUCGGUUACGACAUCGGUGUCAUCUCUGGAUGCUUCAUCAUGAAGCCCUUCGUUCUGGCCUUUGGUGACCCGUCCGACUGCGGUCCCGACGGCUGUGCGCUUCCGGACUCGCGAACCUCGCUCAUCAACUCGUCUCUCUCGAUCGGUACCUUUGUCGGUGCGCUGCUUCAAGCGCCCGUUUCGGACUUCUUUGGCCGUAAGCCCUCGAUGAUCACCUGGGCGUCCGCAUUCAUGGUGGGCGCCAUCAUCCAGACCUCGACCAUCUCGUCGUGGGUGCAGUUCUGCGUCGGCCGUGCAUUUGCCGGUCUCGGCGUGGGUGCGCUCUCGGGUCUCUGCCCGCUCUACCUCGGCGAGACCGCGCCCAAGCACAUCCGCGGUGCCAUGGUGACUGGAUACCAGCUGCUCAUCAUCUUUGGCAUCUUCAUCUCGUACGGAAUCAGCUGGGCCACCCAGAACUUCAAGACGUCCGAUGCGGCCUGGAAGAUCCCCGUGGGUCUGCAACUGCUGUGGGGCAUCGUCAUGCUUUCGCUCAUGUUCUUCCUCCCCGAAUCACCUCGUUACUGCCUCAAGAACGGCGAGGUGGUGCGUGCGCGCAAGAUCAUGGCCUCCAUGCGCGAUGUUCAGCUCCAGGACGUCAAUGGCGAGAUGCGCGGCGACAAGUGGAUGGAGGCCGAGCUGCUCGAGAUGAAGCAGGGCAUCGACGAGGAGAACCGCAUCUUUGCCGGUCACAGCUACCUCGGCUCCUACCUCGUCUGCUUCUCCACCAAGAACCAGAUGUGGAAGCGUACCGUCAACGGCAUGAUGCUCCAGACGCUCCAGCAACUCAACGGUCAGAACUUCUACUACUACUACCUCCCGCUCCUCAGCUCCACCCUCGCCCUGCCUCUCGACCCCUUCCAGAUCCAGUUCAUCCUCGGCUCCGCAUCGCUCCUCGCCACCGUCCCCGCUUUGAUCGCCAUCGAGAAGCUCGGACGUAGGCCUCUGCUCCUCAUUGGUGCUUCUUGCGAGGCUGCGUGCGCGUUCAUCGUCGCCUUUGUCGGUCACUACAAGACCGCACCCAAGGAUACGCCGGCCGACAUGAUCACCGCCUCGCAACACCAGGCCGGCGCCGUGUUCAUCUCGUUCGCCAUCAUCCACCUCAUCUUCUACAGCUGCUGCUUCGGCCCCGGCCCCUGGCUCUACCUCUCCGAGUCCUUCAACGCCCCCACCAGAGCCAAGGCCAUCUCGCUCGGAAGCGCAAGUAACUGGCUCUGGAACUUCCUCCUCAGCUACUUCUCCAACAAGAUCGCCACCCAGUACGGUCCCUUCAUCAUGCUCAUCUUCGGCUCCAUCCUCGUCUUUGCCUGGUUCUACGUCUACUUUAUGAUCCCCGAGACAAAGGGUCUGGCCCUCGAGGACGUCGAGUAUCUCUACUCGCAAAACAUCGCGCCUUGGAAGACGCCAAAGUGGAUCAAGGAGCAUGGCCUCAACAAGUCCAUCGAGGACCGCGCUACCGUCAAGGCCUAA